AUGGCACGGCAUCUCAAUAUGGACACGCAGCGACAAAACUUCUGGAAGGAAGAAUACCUAAAGGAGAUGAUGUUGCGUUGUGAUUGGCACCAAAAAUACGGGGCAAAGGUGAAAGCCAAGCAGGCGGCUAGGGAUGCCACAAGAAAGGUCUUCAAACUGCCUACCUUGGGCCCUAAGGCCCCACCUUCUCCUCCGCCUCCACCAAAAGAGCCUCCCAAACCCCCUCCUCCCCUCAAGGAGGCUCCUACAGAGACAGAAAUGUUCCCUGUGCCACCUGAGACACGGGAACUCCUGUACCAGGGAAUCUCUCAUGAUUUCCAGGGUCGUUUCAAGUACUUGGAAAAUCGCAAAAUGGCCAAGCCGGAAGAUCGUUACCUCUUUCCAGUCACUACCAGCUUCACUUAUGGCUGGCAGUUGGGCCCCCCAGUGGAACGAAAGAUGGUCUCCUGUAAGAUGUGCCGGAUAGAAACCUUCUUCCGCAAGAACGGGGCCUUUGCUCUCCUCGACCCCAAGGACGUAGCCCUCUGA